AUGCGUUUCCUACUACUCUUUUCCUUUUCUAUCCUCUUUUCAUCCGCCACCUUUUCCUAUCCGACUUAUGGCAACGGGAUUCUGGAGAUUCUCGUCGAAUCUGGAGUUUCAAUCCACGCUGGAUUCGUGGUGACCUAUGAAAACAAGUCACAUGUCACUUGGCGUCAGUUGAAACCAAAUACUCCUGAAUUAUUGAUUUUCGAAGGAUUCAAUGUAUCACAAAAAGUUUUGAAUAUUUUCGAGUUAUCAAUUCGCUCAGAACUGAUGAAUGUCACAAUUCACGACAAUCUCACUUCGAGUUCCGUACUUUUCAACCCAUUGAGUGAUCAGUUAUACGAUUUCUACCAUCUGCCACUACCGUAUAUCGGUUUCGAGAUGAAAAUCAAGUGUGCCAAAGAUUGGUACGGUAUUGGCUGCCAAAAGCACUGCUCGAUAAAACAGGAGGGAUGGCGAUGUGAUAAAAACGGAAUGCCGGCUUGUGUCCUAGGUUACUGUGGAUGGAAUUGUCACCAAUCCGGAUCGGAGUGUGAAUCAUACUUCGCAAACUGUCAUUGCAAAAACGGUGGAAAAUGUUACGAAACCGCGGAACAUUCUACUAGAUGCCAGUGUCCAUUAGGAUACACUGCUCGAAAUCGGCUCAAAAUCGUCAUUUCCAGUUUAAAAGAACCAAACGUCGGUCCGGAUGUCAGCCAGAAGACAUCCAGAUCUUCAGACCCACAGACAGACAAUCUCGUUGUCCGAGAGGAAUCCAUUGAGAUGACGUAG